AUGGCUGCGCCCAGGGAGGCCGAGGAAGAAGCAGUCGUUUACUUAAUAGUCAGCGGCAUCCCCGCCGCGUUGAGGUCGGCCCAGCUACGAAGUUACUUUAGCCAAUUUCGGGAACAGCGCGACGGCGGUUUCCUCUGUUUCCACUACCGGCAUCGGCCCGAGCGUGCCCCUCCCCAGGUUGCUUCCGACUCUUCCCAAGCUGCUGUCGAGGAGGUUCUGACCCCCGAGGCUUCAGGCACAGAUGCCCGUGUGCUUUCAACAGGGGACUCGGCCUCGUCCCAAACUCGCACCUGCUGCUGCGUCAUCUCCAUCCGGGGUGCGACUCAAGCCCAAAGGUUUCUUCGCAUGUAUUCGGGCCGCCGAUGGCUGGACCCUCAGGGGACUUGGUUGCCGGGUCGCUGUUUCAUCCGCAGACUUAGGCUACCGACUGAGGCAUCAGGGUUGGGCUCCUUUCCCUUCCAGACCAGGAAGGAACUGCAGAAUCGGAAAGCUAAGAGUGAAGCCUUCACACUGGCUGACUUGAGGCAACUGCCGGAGCUGAACCCACCAGUGCUCAUGCCCAACGGAAAUGUAGGUACUCCUCUUCGGAUCUUUUUGGAGUUGAUCCGGUCCUGCCGCCUUCCUCCUCGGGUCAUCACCCAACUGCAGCUCCAGUUCCCAAAGACAGGUUCUUCCCGGCGUUAUGGCAAUGUACCGUUCAGGUAUGAGGACUCCGAGAUGGUGGACCAGGAAGAGAAUGUAUACACAGAUGAAGGUACAGAAAUUCCCCAGGGAACCUGCCUAGGAAACAUGCCAACCAGCCCCAUCAGAGAUCCUGAGGAGGAAGGAGAAAAGGAAGAAGAGUUGUCUUCAGAGGAUGAUGAUGACCGGGGUGAGGAGUGGGAGCGUCAUGAAGCGCUGCAUGAGGAUGUCACCAGGCAAGAACGUACCUCUGAGCGACUUUUUGAGGAGGAGAUCGAGCUCAAGUGGGAGAAGGGUGGCUCUGGCCUGGUGUUCUACACUGAUGCUCAGUUCUGGCAGGAAGAAGAAGGAGACUUUGAUGAGCAGACGGCUGAUGACUGGGACGUGGACAUGAGCGUGUACUAUGACCAAGAUGGUGGGGACAAGGAUGCCCGAGAUUCUGUACGCAUGCGCCUAGAGCAGAGACUCCGCGACGGCCAGGAGGACGGCUCUGUGAUCAGGUGCCAGGUGGGCACCUUUGAGCGCCACACCAAGGGCAUUGGGCGGAGAGUGAUGGAACGUCAAGGCUGGGCUGAAGGCCAAGGCUUGGGCAGCCAGUGCUCAGGGGUACCUGAAGCUCUGGAUAGUGACGGUCAGCACCCUAGAUGCAAGCGUGGAUUGGGGUACCAUGGAGAGAAGCUGCAGUUAUUUGGGCAACUAAAGAAGUCUCGAGGAACAGGUUUGGGGCUCAUUUCCACCAUCUAUGAUGAACCACUGCCCCAGGACCAAGGGGAGUCACUGCUCCGGCGCCAGCCACCCACUAGCAUGAAGUUUCGGACAGACAUGACUUUUGUGAGGGGUUCCAGCCAUGCCCGGGAGAGCCCGUCAGAGCACAAAUGA